AUGCGGAUUGAGCAAGGUUUCUCAUGUGGAAGUAUUGUAGAAGCGUAGCCGUAUUCCAAGUAAGCGUGCUCCUCUGAAGCUUUGCAGUAUUUAGUUGUUUGUAUGUUUGUUUUUUGAAGGCACGGGUGGGAGCGAGUGUGUUUUGCAAGCCAGUGCUCAAACUCUGUCCAAAAAACUGCAAGACGUCUUGACUUGACCCGCUGUAACCACAUAAUUCCGAGUCCCAGUGGUUAAGGUUAUCCGGUCAAGCCCCACCACUGCAAAGCUGCUGCUCCUAGGAACCUGAGCAAGGCUGUUAACCUUCAGUACCUUAAGUUUCUCCUUCAGGUUAGUCAAUGGCAUAACUCCACCUCUGCAGCUUAUCCCUGGGGGAGUGGCCAUCCAACUCCACCCUAUAGCCACACUGCAGGACUGCCUUGGCAACAGCGUGGCAGCAGCGUGAUACCAACAGGAAGUGGGCUUAUCGUCGUGUCGGCGUUACCAUGCCUGCCCUUUCUACAGGAACAGGCCCUGAUGCAGGCCUAUAUGAGCUGUUGUCAGUGUUGCCGUCACAACUGCAGACACAUGUGGAUAGCGCGGAUGACCGCACCUUCCUACACGCUAUGUUCAGGGAGAGGAGUCUGCACUCACUCAUCAAGAUCCACGAGAGGUUGCAGCAGUAUGAGGAGUGCUGCCCUACUCCGGUUCUGGACAGAGCUACCUCUCUCGCCCAAGGUGUGUCUCGGGAGCUUCAGGCUACAUCUCUUAAUGCGGAGGUCAAAGAACUUCUCAAGUUGCUGUCAAAUCCAUACAUGGAGAGUUUGCUGUCAGUCCAUGACACUGUGGCUCAGAAGACUUACGAGCCUCAGCUUCCUCCUCUGCCAGACGACAUUGAUGAUGAUGAAGAUUCAGUGAAGAUCAUCAGACUCGUCAAGAGUAAAGAGCCUCUGGGGGCCACAAUCAAAAGGGAUGAACACACAGGAGCCGUCACUAUAGCCCGCAUCCUGAGAGGCGGUGCAGCAGACAGAAGCGGGCUCAUACACGUGGGAGAUGAGCUGAAAGAGGUCAAUGGCAUCCCUGUGGAUGACAAGCAACCUGAGGACAUCAUUCACAUUCUGGCUCAGUCCCAGGGUGCCAUCACGUUUAAAGUGGUGCCAGGCAUGCAGCAGGAAAGCCCAGCCAAAGAGCCCAAGAUGUACGUGAGGGCUCUGUUCGACUAUAACCCAGAGGAGGACAAGGCUAUUCCCUGUAAGGAGGCAGGCCUGGCUUUCAGGAAGGGAGACAUCCUGCAGGUCAUGUGCCAGGAUGAUGUCACGUGGUGGCAGGCCAAACAUGACGGCCACACCAGUGGCCGUGCGGGACUCAUCCCCUCCAAACACUUCCAGGAGAGGAGGUUUGCACUUUGGAAACCGAUAACCAACCCACAGAAGAUCCCCAGAAAACGGCCAUCUUCUUUUCGGAGGAGUUUUCGGCUCAGCAGAAGAGACAGGAAGACAAAUAAGUCGAUGUACGAGUGCAAGAAGAGUGAUCGGUACGACACGGCCGACGUAGCGACUUACGAAGAGGUGACCACCUACCGCAGAGCCCCCACAGAGAAACACAGACUCGUCCUCCUAGUCGGUCCCACAGGGGUGGGCUUGAAUGAGUUAAAAAAGAAGCUGUUAAUAUCUGACCCGCAGCACUUCAGUGUUACCGUCCCUCACACAUCUCGACAAAAACGGAACCAGGAGAGUGAUGGUGUGGAGUAUCACUUCAUCUCUAAACACCUGUUUGAAGCAGAUAUUCAGAACAACAAGUUUAUUGAAUAUGGCGAGUUUAAGGGGAAUUACUAUGGGACGAGCCUGGACUCGAUCCGGUCAGUUCUAGCCAAAAAUAAAGUGUGCCUUCUGGAUGUGCAGCCCCAUACACUGAAGCACCUCCGCACAGUUGAGUUUAAGCCCUACGUGGUGUUUCUGAAGCCCCCACCAGUUGAGCAUUUGCGGGAGACCAGGAAGAACGCGAAGUUCCUCUCGGGCAAAGACGACAAGGGCUCGGCCAAGCCCUUCACGGAGGAGGACUUCAUGGAGAUGAUCAACACAGCUCAGCAGAUGGAGAACCAGUACGGCCACCUCUUUGACAAGGUCAUCGUCAACGAUGACCUGUCUGCUGCCUUCAGUGCACUCAAGGUCACCCUGCGAAAGGUGGAGUUGGAGGCACAGUGGGUCCCCGUGGGCUGGACCCACUCCUGAAGGAUGCAAGCCCCCCAAGAAGGCCAGGGAAAACCCAGGGCUUCAACAUAAGAGGAGGAACUGGGGAAAAGGGGACGAACCUUGUGGACUCAGGCUGCUGACUCAGUGUUUUGCUCUGCCUAAAUAUGCUGGUGGGGAUGGCUUGUGCUAUUUUAACGGGUCUCCUAUAGGGGUUUCUGGCUGCCUGCAAAACUAAAAGGAGGAAUUAUGGUUUUAUGUUUGUACUUGGUCACCAUAGCUGGACUGGACUAUCUAAUUACACUCAAAUGUCGUCAGGUGUUGUUUAGCAGCUGCUGUGGGUAUGGGUGUGCUGCCAGUCAAGUGGUUGGGUGGCACUAGCCACUCCACAGUGUAAUUUUAACGCUAGUUUAUAGAAACCAAAGUGAUGAUUAUUUUUCUGUGAUCAGUGUACAUGUUUUGUAAUGAAGCUUUGGAAAAGUUGAAUUGUUUUUGCCUUUCACAUCUUAAAUUGCUCUCACUGGGUGAUGCCUUUUUAAACACACAGUGCCCCUGUCACUGGUAUACUACAGAGUUAUUGUGAGUGUCAGUAUCAGUAUUGAUACGACACCGACAAAAUGUUUAAAACAGAAUUUUGAUGAAUUAUUUCCAGGGGUUCCUACGUAGUUGUAUUUAAUUAGAAAAUUAAUAUAUUUUAAUAUUUUCAGGGGUUUGUCUACUUUUUUAUACACAUAUACAAUGCCCUAAUUGUCUGUGUGUUACAAGCAGCUUAGAGCAGCAAAUGGAGGGCCAGUGACGCCCAUAAUGAAAUGCUGAAUGUCUCUGGAGAAUCACCCAGGCAUUAUCGCCAGCUCUCAGGAGAUGAUGUCUUCUCUCUCGCUGGGUGAGGAUGGUUUCAGGUGGGGUGGUGGCAUGGUUUUACCCUUCUUAUUACAUGGCUGGAGACCUUGUCACAUUAGCAGAGACAUCUCAUAUAAACAUACCCUGUGAUGUCUCAAAACGGCUCCGCCUUAAUGAUCGCUGUUGUGGAUGAUGGAGUAUUUGUUUUCACUUGUUUUUUCAUCUCGUGUUUUAAUCCAUUUCCCGGUUAGGCUCUGGGCUGCAGUCUUGUCUCUGUCGGUCUGCUGCACCUGUCUUCAAUAAAUGCUUUGGGUGAAA